AUGCGUUCCAAUGAGUUGCCAGUGGGCCGCUACACAAUGGCUAGCGACCAUUGGAAUGCUCUCCAUGCUGAUAUGUCCUGGAUGAAUCCUCGACAACAAGCUGUGCAUGGCUGGAUGAUUGAAGCGCCCUCAAAUUGCAACUGGAGCAUCACUCGAGUGCCUACUUGCAUGAAAGUACACUUGUAUGGGCUGAAGGAUGCAGUGAUUGGCAGCCGCUGUCAUCAGUUCUUGGGGCUGCAACCGGAGGAAACAGAUCAGAAGAAAGAGGAUUAUGGUCUGGAGGAUAUGGUGUUUGUGCAAGAAGAGGAAGUCUUUCCAAUAGUGGAUGCUAGUGAUCUGCCAGUGAAAAAGGAGGAAAAUGAUGCUGUUGUAGCUGUUGAAGAAAAACAAAAUGGCAAGCGAAAGCAGCGAGAGGAAAGUGCUGAUAAGAAGCCUACUACUGAAAAGAAGGAACCUAACAAACCACCUGAUUCUUGGUUUGAUUUGAAAGUUAAUACACAUGUAUAUGUAAAUGGCUUGCCUGAAGAUGUCACUAUUGAAGAGAUGGCUGAAGUGUUCUCGAAGUGUGGGAUCAUAAAAGAGGAUCCUGAAACAAAGAGGCCUCGAAUAAAGAUCUAUGUUGACAAAGAAACUGGAAAGAAAAAGGGAGAUGCUCUGGUAACUUAUCUGAAGGAACCUUCUGUAGACCUAGCUAUCAAAAUUUUGGACGGAGUUCCUCUAAGGCCUGAUGGGAAGACUCCCAUGUCAGUAUCACUAGCUAAGUUUGAGCAAAAAGGUGAUAAAUUUAUAUCCAAGCAAGUAGACAAUAAGAAGAAGAGAAAGCUUCAGAAGGUUGAGCAGAAGAUGUUGGGCUGGGGUGGCCGUGAUGAUUCAAAGGUGUCUAUGCCAGCAACUGUCCUUCUCCGUUACAUGUUCACUCCCGCUGAAAUGAGGGCAGAUGAGAGUUUGCGCUCUGAACUGGAAGAGGAUGUCCGUGAUGAGUGUGGAAAACUUGGCCCGUUGGAUGCUGUCAAGAUAUGUGAAAAUCACCCUCAAGGUGUUAUCUUGGUGAAGUAUAAGGAUAGUAAGGAUGCUCUUAAAUGCAUAGAGUUGAUGAACGGGCGAUGGUUUGGUGGGAAGCAGGUACAUGCAUGUCUUGAUGAUGGUAUCGUUAACCAUGCUUUGGUACGUGAUUUGGAAGAAGAGACUGACAGAUUAGAGAAAUUCGGGGAAGAGCUUGAAAAUGAAUGACAGAUUGUUGGAGUAGGCACAUGCAUCUCGUAAAUGUAAAUGAGGAGUGUUAUUAUGCCUGAAUGCCUGCAAGUUUGCAGUUCAAGAUUCACUGGUGAUUUAUAGUUGCACUUUCGAGUAUGGCAUCUCUGUAUAUUGUUUUUGCAGAAUGUAUCAAAGCUCUCUCAGAUUUGAGAGAGAGAGAGAGAGAGAGAGACUGAACUGUCUCUAUACUGAUUUUAGUUCACAUUGGAUAAUGGGAUUCUCUUGUUUAAUUUCUUAGUUGGAAAUUUGCGUA